GUUAAUUUAGUUUCCAUAGCAACCAGUUGAAACACGUAUGACUAUUUUGUAAUUUUUUGAGUUGAAUAUAUUUUAUAGUUUAAACGCGAAUUUCUUUGCUUAGAACAUGUCGUUGGUUGAAAUAACCCAACAUGAUGAAGUUAUUUACACUAUUUUGGACAAACCACCUCCAGACCCACCAAAAACACCAAGAUACCAGUCGAAACUUGAAAAAGAAUUGAAAGAAGUUAAAAGACCCGAACUUCGUCGUACAUUUGGAUACGCGGAAACACCACUGAAACCCCCAAAACAGUUUUUAAAAAAGGGAGAAGGUAUAGGCCAACCUAUUAAAAAAACUGAUCACAAAUGUUAUGUAUCUGGUAAUCUCCCGCCGGUUCCGAAACGACCACCACCUACGAAGAAACAAGAAAAACCUGUCGUAAAUUUCAGAGUUAUUAAUAUAAAGAAAGCCAUAAAAACCAAGGGGAAACCAGUGGAACCCAGGCUGGUGGACACGAGAGAUGGUCACAUAAAGAAAAUUAAAGGUUCCGGGGAAGUUCCAGAGUUCUGUCUCAGACCAGACUUUGGUCAGAUGCCAGCGUACUUGAUGAAGCGAAACAGAAAAAUUCAGAAAGCUCUCGAAAAAAUAAAAUACGCCGAGGACAACAAGGAAAGUUUAUGCAAACUCAUCACAGAUGAAGAACGUCAGAAACUGCUCGAUGAUCUGAAAUACAACUGGUCGUUGAUGCAGAAAGCUUUCCUUCAACUACCAAUGCUCACGGAUACAAUACCAAAGAUCCUUCGCAAGUCCAAAAUGGAGGCAGACUUGAAGCAAUUAGAAAAAGACAUAGCUAUAGUUGAGACCAAUCCUUAUAUUUAUAUCUACGAAUAAGAUCCCGGAACUUGUUAUUGCAAAUUGUCAACUCAUGAACUCAUAAUGUGAUUUAGAGGAUCGCCAUGAUUCUAGAAAGUUCAAAACAGAUAAGUAACUAGAUUUAGUAGAAACCCUUGACUUUAUUAAUCAAGGCGGUCGCGUAAUUAUUUUUUAUAUAAAACCUUUAUUUCGGUCCGCUGCGCCGUAGUUUUUGAAUGGAGUGUGGUUUUCAGUUGUACUAUUGUCCUAUCUUACUUAGGAACACCAAUGUCGUCUGCCUCCUGUAUCGAUCUUACCGCCGACAUUUGCGUAUUACCUAUCUAAUAUUAGAUAUUUAAAUAGGCACAUUUGGUCUGACACUUCUAGCUUUAUUUAAGUCUCACGACCUUUAUCAAAAUAUGUGGCCCUAACUCAGUACCUAUAUGUUAUUUAGUUUUUAGUACCCAAAAAUGAAUGUAGGUACCUUUACCCUUUGAAUAAAUUAUGUGUGGAAGAA